GAUUCGUCCAUUUAGAAGUUAGAGAAAAAACAGUCAUCAAAAUCCCACGCUUCAAACUGAGUGAAAAAACAGCUAUUUGAGUUUUUCCUUCUGCAAACUAUUUACCUAUGAAAUGAUUUUUACGCAGAUAGAUGCAGCUCGGCGAGCUGCAUCUUUUAGUCGGACUUGUUUUGCAGAGCAGUGCUUUCAGACUCUGAAAGAUUUCAAAAUCUCACGCUUCAUCGUCUCCACAAAGCUUUUCCUCCCCCCAAAAGACCAGAAAGUGAUAUUUAGAAUACGCCGAUAGUACGGCUCGAGAGACAAUUUAAAACUGUUGAAAACGUACAUUUCAGUUUUUUGCCUACUUCUUCUGUUUCUAGAAAAUUUUCCUUUUUCUAAGGAUAAGUCAUCAGGAAAACGGUUUUUUUGAUAUCACAUGACUCUAUCUCAGUGUUCUGACGACAUCUAGGGCUGAGAUUUUUAGAGUUGCUUGAAUAAGCCAUUAGGAACGAAAGAGAAAAAUUUUUUUGAAAUCGGUUGAGAUGAAUAGAAGUUAUAGCCCAAAUGAAGAAAAAAGUUGAUUGUAAAACGCACUUGCAAUUCACUCAUAUUCUUGUUCUAGGAAAUAUCAACAUUAGAAUCAAGUCUACCAAACGAAUUGUAUGACUUUAUUUUUCUCUAUUUAAAAUCUGUUGAUAGUAUUUAUUCAUUUUUCAAUUUAAAUGAUCGUUUUAAUCAUCUUAUUUAUCCAUUUUUAUGUGCAAUAAAUUUAUCCGAUGCCGACGAGUAUUCGUUGAACAAAUAUUACCAAACAAUUUUACCAAAAAUUCAUUAUUAUAUCAAAGCAAUUAAAGUUGAUGAUAAAAAUGUUGACUUCGUGUUUCCAUUAUCGUUAUAUUCAAAAAUAUAUCCGAAUCUUGAAUCAGUUUUUAUAACGAAAGUUGAAAAGAAUGGAAAAUAUUUAUUAUAUUUAAAAUUGUUUAAACAAUUAUUAAAUUUAAAAAUUCAUUUUGCUGUACAAGAAUAUAAUGAAACUGUAUCAAAUGAGUUUGCUAAUUAUGAUUAUUUAGAAUUGCUAUUAUCUCAUUGUUGCCCUAAUCUAGAACGUUUAGCAUUGAAUUUAUAUAGUCAUGAAUUUAUUGAUGGUGAACGUUUAGAAAAAAAGUUAUUAUUAAAACUAACAAAAUUGAAAGUAUUUCAUUUUUGUUUUCGUAUUCCAGUUCUU